CGCUCAUUUCUGUUAGAGUGCUUGGAGACUUCACUUCGCGUUUGGAGGAUCAGAUCCACGUUGGUUUUUGGCUUCAAUUACCCACAACUGUCAUCGUCAGCCCAGUCAGCGCCUUGCUAACUAAACUAGAUAAUAAAGUAAUCACUUUUCCGCGCUCCCCUCCCUCUCUCUCGGUCGUGUUAGUGCGCUCCGCGAUUAAUAAGAAACGAGUUAAAAAGGAAAGCAAAAGGAAAACUGGCAGCGUUUUCCUCUUGCAGCUGAGAAAAACCGCAGGACGCAGCUCAGCAGCAGCGUCGCAGUCGUGUGCGUUGUGCAUAAGAAAAAAGAAGAAAAAAAAUCCUGUAAUAUUGCAGAAAAAACCGUAAUUCGCCACUUGAAACGAAGGAAAAACGAGGAAAAGCAACUGCGUCGUGCACCAUUUUGUGAUAUAUUUUUGCCCUCCUCCUUCUUCAACGAUCCCUGUGCAAUUCUCUGUUAAAGAAAAAAUUAAAAUAAUUACUAGCAACCAAUUGAAUUUCUGCGAGACCAACAUAACACAUAAAAAUUUCCAACUACUGUGAUUUGAACAAAGCUCUAAGUUUUUGAUUCAAGCCUGUGUAAUUUCCACCCACAACGAAUUGAAAAAUCGAUUCCCCACGCUCUCUCUCUCUUCACCACAGUCACCAAUACACACGGGCUCGCCUACGUCACUUUGUCGUGUGUGUGCUUAGACUAGCGUUGCCAUGUCGCGCGAAUUACGAAGACAGGAACAAUAAAUAAAUAGCAGUUAAAUAAAUAGUAGAAAAUGCCAUACAAAAUAUAUGGGAAUUGACUUUAAAUUACAUUUUUGAGUUUUCAAAAUAAAAACUAAAUUUUAAAUACUUAAAUUAUAAAAAAAUUAAUUAAAAAAUGAAAUAGUUUCCACAUUUCUUGAAGAAUAUACUGUUAACAGCAGUUAACGAAGUCUCGUACUCUGGAUUAUUUACGGCAGUCACGAAGCAAAAAACAUAAGCGCAGCCUAAUAAUUGGACGAACUGAUUAAACAACAGUUAAAACAAGGCCCGCAAAAACAACGGCGGAUCAACAGUUGCUAGUCGCAAGUUGCAAAUCGCUAGUUGCACGUUGCCAAUUUGAAAUUGCACGCUUCCACGACUGAGAGCAGGAAGGAAAGGAAUCGCUGCCGCAGCAGGAAGCAGACGAAACUUCGCUGGGCGAAAGUAAAAGCAGGGUUGGGAAAUAAAGCAAAUCAAACAAACAAGAAAUCGACCGCACAGACCCACAAAGGCGCUUUAGCCAGCCAUGGAACGUGAAUCUAACCCAAUGCAACCCAUGUGCCGCUCCGGUUGCGGCUUCUAUGGUAAUCCAGCCACAGAUGGUCUCUGCUCCGUAUGCUAUAAGGACUCGCUUAGAAAAAAGCAACAGCCACCUGUGAGCAGCACACCUGUCUCCGUUCCAAGCCCACAACCUAGCCCCACAUUCAGUCCGGCCAUCGCAAUCACCAACACCGCACAGCCCACAGUCACCAGUUUACAACAGCCACACAACGAUGUCAAAGAGAAAAUCACCGAAGAAGCCGCCGCUGCUGCCAAAGUCAACAGCGAAGCCAUCACAUCGGCGACUGGUCCAAACACUUCCACACAAGCAGCCGCCUCCGCCAACGAGGAGGAUGACAAGGACAAGGAAGACGAUAAGGAUGCCAAAAAGAAGAAGAACCGAUGUGGCGAGUGCCGCAAGAAAGUUGGCCUGACCGGUUUCCAGUGUCGCUGCGGCGGUCUGUACUGCGCCGUGCAUCGUUAUUCUGAUAAACAUAACUGCACAUUCGAUUAUAGAGAGCAUGGCGCACAGGAAAUCCGACGCAACAAUCCGGUUGUCGUUGGCGAGAAGAUUCAAAAGAUUUGAAUUUCGAUAUUGUGCCAGUAACAGUAACAGUAGCCGUAGAAUGAUAAUAACCAACUACACAUGAUAAGAGUACAUAUAUAUAUAUAUGCUGCGCUAUAACAAGGAAAGCAACAAGAAAAACAACACCAGCAGAAAGCAUAAACACACACCACACAAAAUCACACAGAGUAAUGCUAAAUGAAUCGAUAAAAACUGUAAUUGUAAUUUAAUUAUAAUGUAAACAGCAAUUUCAAGCAACAAUAGUUCAGAGAAACGAUAACCAAAUACCCCGCAAAAAUGAAGCAACAACUGGAACAACAAUUUCGAUGCUCAACAACGUUAAGCUAGCAACGUCCAGCAGCAAGCUGCGGCAGCAACUUGCCACAAUGCACCAGGAAGCAGCGUUCAGCGGCCAACACCUUUGAACCAGACGCGUGACAGCGUUAGCAAGUGCAACAACAAUCACCGCCGCGUUUGUGGAAUACGCAGAGCAAACGCAGCAACAUCAACAACAACCAGCACAACCGAUUGCCUUGGUCGCCUGCUGAGCUGGGCCGAAAAAAAAACAGUCUUGAAGAAAACACCUUUCAUCGAUCAACGUUGAAAUAGUUUGUUAUUCCAAAUACAAUUUGAAAAUUGUUUGUAUUUAGCUAAAAAUCCAACAAACAACACACGGCCACAUUUGCAACGACAACAAGCACACAACAAACAACAAACCUUUGUUUCAUGUUAUCAAACACCGCAACAAUCUUUUAGUAAGACAAUGUGUGUCAUUUGUUUUUGUAAUAUGUUGGAGUGUAUUAAAUAAAAAAAAAAUUCAAAAUGCAAAGUAUGAAAAGAAAUUUUAAGAAAAAUUUAACAAACCCAAAUUCACAUACAAAACAAAAAAACCAACCAAGCAACCAACUCUUUCUCAAUUCUUAAUUAUGAGCUAUUAAAUGAAAAAAGAAAAAAACUAAUAUAUAUUAAUUAAUUAUGUAUAUGUAUUAAAAAAGAAAAAGCAAGAAAAAAAUAUGCAAAAUUAAGCGUAAAAAAACAAAGCCCUCACCACAAAAAAAAAAAAUGUAAAAAAAACCUGAAGAAAAGAAACAAAGAAUAACGCAGUUGUGUAGAGCUCCCUAAAAAGUUUGCUAAGAAUCCACGACCACGCUAGACACGAGCGAGAGAGAGUAUAGCUAUAUAGAGAGAGAGAGAGAGAGCGGAGAAGCGCGAUUAGUGUAAAGCAACGUGGAGCAUAACAACUCCCCUAUACAUAGAAAUCUAAAUAUAAUUAUAAUUAAUUAGUGAAUCAAAGCAGGCGAAUGCAGUGCAAGCGGCGUUUUUUCUUCGUUUUACUUUUUGCCCUCCUGUCCCUCUAACAUUAAAUUGAAUUGAUUUUAAUUUUCUGAUUUGCGAUGAAUUAUAUAUAUAUAUAUGCAUAAUAUUAACUAUAUCUACAUCUAUAUAUGUAUGGUAGGAUAUGUAAAUCGUGUGAAGCAUACACACAUAUAGUUUCUUUGGGUAUAUGCACAUUAAGGCGAAAAACAAAAGAUAAAAACCAUUAAAAAAGCAUAUUCUAUCUAUAUAUAUAUAUAGCGGUUACAAAGAAAAUUCAGCAAAAAUGGCAAACGAAAAAUGCAAAAAAUACAAUAAAUAUAUAUGGUUCGUCUUUAGAUUUUUAUUGCUUUAAGCGUUAUUUAGUUUUUCUUUGUUUUUAUUAAAACACACAUGCGUGUACACAACAAAACAACCAAUCCCUUUUUAAUUUAGCUUUCUCCAUUCUGUAGUACAUAAUUUACAAUUUAAUUCAAAUCAAUUACACCUAUGCAAAUAAAUUUACAUUUAGAAAUAAAUUGUGUUGUUAACCCUACAAACAAAAAAAUACAAAAAUGAAAAAAAAAAAAAUCAAAACAAAUGUUGUAAGUAAAACUAAACUUACCAAUAACAAAGAGGAAAUAAUGCAAUAAAUUUGAUUCUACAAUUAAAAUUCCCGCAAGACCAAAACCAAUCUAAUAAGUACAUUUUUGGCACAAAGAACUGAGAAGGAAUCGUUUUCGCACCACAGCAACAAAACAAAAGCCGACACCAAACUCGCCUUUAACCAAUCGCCUUCCCAUUGGGAAAACUUUUCGCGAGAUCGAAUCUAUCUAGAGGUGUUACCAAAUCCCAGGCAACACUCCUAGUUAUACGUUGAUCUGGGGAAUCUCGGGGUCAAAGCGGGUCCAUAGGGACCUUCGUUGUGCACAGAAGAUUCUGGACAAGAGCAUUGAGCACAGCAAUCCAGCAAUAGUGAAGUCCAACCACGUUAGGGUGUGUUUAGUCAGAACAUUUGAACUGUACAAAAUCAGAGAUGAAAAAUGCAACCUAGAAACGAACUUCAAUAUAAUUUUAAAUGAAAGACGAGACCUAAAAAUGUACAGAGCCAGAGAUAAAAUAGAUGGAAAAAUAUUGGGGAUGUGAAAAACUGCAAUUAAUCAACAAGAACAGCUAAAUGUCAUUUUAAUUUUAAUUUGUCCCCCGCAAUGAUAAAGGCAACACUCUACAUAUACGUAUAUCAUAAUUUAAUUGAAAACUAUAAAAUUAAUUAGAAAAAUUGUAUACAUACACGAACACACAAUAUGGAUUUUAAGAAUUAACGAACAAGCGUACCACAAUUUUAAGCCGUUUUAAAACUGAUUUACUAAUAAAAUUUGAAGAUGAUUAUAAACUUCGAAUCGAUUUAAAACCCAUUUCUAUAAUUUUUGCAUAGUUGUAGUUUUCAGUUACAAAAAUUUACAAUGCUUUAGUGUGCUUUUAGUUGAAAUUGUGUUUAUAUAUUUAACGAAAGAGUAAAGUGAAAAGGCAAAUAAUAAUUAUAACUAAGCGUAAUAAAUUUUUAUUAUUAUUAACCAGAACGUUUAUUCUAGUAGUUCUUUAUUGUAUUACCAGAUUAAUUAUUAUUAUUUUGUUGUGUGCACCUCUUAGUCACUUUUGCGCUUAUAAGCUAAUCAAAACAACUCGCAAGCAAUCACUUCCACACCGUGUACAAUCCCAAUCCCAAUCCUGAUCCCAAAUCCCCCAGCCUGAGAAUCCCAGUUCCGCCAAAAUCUACUUGUGUUAAAAUCUUUUGCAAUUGCUAGCCGAAUUUGAUAAUUGUUUGUCUCUUACUUUGGAUAUGUGAAGUGUUUUGUUGACAGAAGGAGCAAAGAUGGAACGAAAUUAGUUGAUUUAAGCGUAUGAAUGGGAUUUAAUGAAUAUGAAUAUGAAUGCAUCCAAUAUCUAAAACUCUAUGCGUAUAUAAAUAUUGUACUAAUGUGUAAUUGUAAUUAAAUGCGUCGGAUGAGAAUAUCUGCAGCUGAAGCAGAAGUUGGGUGGAGAAACAGUGAACAUAUAUAUUUAACACAGAAACGGUAAAGCUAGAAAAUCUAAAUAGAAAUAGAUAUAUACUUAUACCUAAACAUACAUGAGCCUCAGAUCCGGGCGUAUAUAAGAGCAACAACUAUUUUAAUUAAACUUAAACAAAUGUACAGUAUAAUUCGCUUAGCUGCAUCGAUAGUUAGCUGCAUCGGCAAGAUAUCUGCAUUAUUUUUCCAUUUUUUUGUGUGAAUAGAAAAUAGAAAAUAGAAAAAAAAAAAUUAAGUUAGCUGCAUUUUUAAGUUACCUGCAUCGAGGCAUUGUGCAAAGUACUCGAGGCAGCUAAGCGAAUUAUACUGUAUAAACAAAUACAAUAAAAAAGAAGUUAAAGCAAGAGCAAGAGCAACCACAACAACAUUUGAAAUGAACAAUGAAAACAAUAUUAACUUCAAAAAAUUUAUAUAGCAAACUGGAUAAUGUUCAAUAAAAUGCGAUAAUAUAAUUUUUAAAAAACAUUUGCAUUUUUCAUUUUCAUUUGAUUCAGUUUGGAUGCAACUUUUUCAAGAUACUAUUUCCAUCUUUCGAUAUCCAUUUGGAACCGAAGCCAAGCCAAGGUGCUAAGUAGUUUAGAUACGACGACGAGGUGGCUUAAAUGGCCAAUUGAGAGUAGAUCGAGUGGCUCUGGGAUUUGUUUCAAAAUGGUUCGUUCGCUCUUAAUGCAAUAGUUAAUAACCUAACUAAAGUCACAGCAAGUGUUCAAAAGUAAAACUCAGUAACUACCUAAACUCAGCAAGUAAAUAAUAAUAAUACAUUUGUGUGUGCUUAUUUCGUUAUGAUAAUUUUAAAAGAGAAUCACACAGUUAAUAACUUCAAGUGAAGAAACAAAAAGGUUUUGAUCUGUUGAAAAAUUAAGCUGCUAAAAUCUCCAAAAACUAUUUGAAAGCCCAACCAGACAAAGAGAUGAAGCUACAAUUACAAUAUUUGACAGAUUCUUCGCGAAUGGUAAAAUAAUGAAUGCUUAGAUCUUAAGACAAAUCGAAGGAUAUAUAUAUAUAUAUAUAUAUAGAUAUAUAUACGAGAUAUAACAGUUAAAUGAACGAUGCAGCAAUGUCGUAUGAAUAACAGAAACAUAUAUCUUAAGUAUAAAUGAGUAUAUAUAUAGACUAUAUAUACACGCAUAUGUAUAUCUGAUAAAUGAGAAAUCGCUAAACUGAUAAAAUUAAACCUAAGUAAAAUUAAAAGAAAAUACAAAACACGGAAAGAAAUGGAACUAAUAAAGAGAAUUAUUCUGAGAAAUAU